AUGAAUUUCAAUAUGUUGGUGCACUUCAGCGGACAAAAGUUUUACGGGCAAGACACCACUAGUGACACAACACCCUCUCUGCUUGGGAUAAACGCCUACUGCGUAACGAUGGAGUUUCUAAGGACAGGGGUUGCAGAAGUGCCCAACACCCUCUUCUUGAAGUACAUAGAUGCCUCCGAUCCAGCGAAAGAUUAUACCUGGACAAAAGCAUCAUUAGAUAUCAAGGUGGAAUCAACGGUCAGCGUAACAUUUACUUUCACCCUCACCGACAAAAAAGGGCUCAUGGACAGGACAGUCCAAUAUGAACUCCUGAAUGUAAAAAAUCAAGAUAGCACCUAUUGCAGCACACUACAAACUUCAAAGGGACAAUCAAACUGCUCAUACUGGGUCCUGGUAAUGGGCGGAGGUGACGUCGUUCCGGAGUGGUGUCAAUCGAAACCUAUUGAGCAGGGCUGCAAAGUCCCACCCUGA